UGUUUGGACACAGCUGAUCACAUGGUAAAGGGCUGCUGUGAGUGGCCUUUUUCCCCGAUCUAAGCCCAUGUGGCAGUGCCGACAGCAGGGGCGGACUGACAACUCAUGGGGCCCCCGGGCAAUAGGGGAUCAUGGGGCCCCUGUGUCCUUGCCCAAACUCAAAAAAGCCUAUGAAAAAGGUACCAGGGGCAUCUCAUGGGCCCCCUACUGACCCCGGGCCCUCGGCAGUGCCCGAGUUUCCAAAUGGUCAGUCUGCCCCUGUCCCACAGUAUGCUCAGGAAGGGAGA